AUGAGCAAGAUGGGGGAUUUUGACGCUGUCCGCAAGGAUAUUGCAAAGCUCUUGCACCAGCCUGAGUACGACGAUGGGAGCGCAGGGCCUGUACUUGUUCGACUCGCUUGGCACUCAGCAGGCACCUACGACGCAGAAACAGACACCGGUGGCUCCAAUGGCGCUGGCAUGCGCUACGAAGCUGAAGGUGGCGAUCCAGCCAACGCCGGCCUCCAACACGCUCGCGUCUUCCUCGAACCCGUCAAAGCCAAGCACCCGUGGAUAACCUACGCCGACCUUUGGACGCUCGCGGGCGUCGUGGCCAUAAAAGAGAUGGGCGGCCCUUCAAUACCAUGGAGAGGUGGACGGACAGACUAUGUCGAUGAUUCCAAACUUCCACCUCGAGGGCGCCUGCCAGAUGCUGCGCAGGGUGCGGAUCAUUUGAGAUGGAUCUUCUACCGAAUGGGAUUCAAUGACCAGGAGAUUGUGGCGUUAUCCGGCGCGCACAAUCUGGGACGAUGCCAUUCCGAUCGUUCGGGCUUCGAGGGCGCAUGGGUCAACAACCCGACGAGGUUUUCGAACCAGUAUUUCGUUCUCCUCCUCUCUCUUCAAUGGAAGAAGAAGACGCUGGAGAAUGGGGUGGAGCAAUUCAACACUUACGACGACGAUACCGAGACGGAACUCAUGAUGUUGCCAACCGAUAUUGCUCUGAGGCAAGACAACAGCUUCCGCAAAUACGUGGAGCUCUAUGCUAGAGACAAGCAAGCGUUCUUUAAGGACUUCACGGCUGUAUUUGAGAAGUUGAUGGAGUUGGGAAUCCAGAGGGAUGCGGAGGGGAAGAUUACGAAUUCGGACAAUGAGAAGGGUGGCUACCACGCAGCACCGAAGAAGAAGGACACGCCUGGCAGUCCAGAGAAGAGUACGGACGACAAGAACGGGCCGAGUGAGGCAGAGCCGUUGAUGGAGGAGAACAAGAAGUUCAGGUCGAGGUUGUGA